GGUGCACGUUAUGCACAUCUAUAUGGAGCGUAUAGCAUAAUACAUGGCCGCGUGAUAGUUUUCUGCUGCUGCUGCUGCUGCUGCUGCUGCUGCUGCUGCUGAAUGUUUUGCACAACAAUGAGACACUGUCGUGCGUGGGUUGAUACGCAAUGGAUGAAACGUGAUAAUGCUCGGCACUCUUUUAAUGAACGCAAUACAAUUACAAGAUACAAGUCAGACUGAAGGGGAUCCUUGCAGCUUGCAGGAUAACGAGCCAUCACUGCCUCAGCGAAUUAACUCUCAAGACUAUAGCACAUUUGAUAUUGUGGAAGCAACUAAGUAUGGAAUUCUACAGAGAGUUGUCGAGUUAGUCGAGAAUGGCGCAGACGUGAACGAGCCCGACAACGAGACUGUCAGUCUACUCCACUGGGCUGCCAUUAACUGUCGCCUCGACAUAAUCAAGUACUUGCUAAGCAAAGGAGCUAUCGUCGACGCCAUAGGUGGUGAUCUCCAAUCCACACCCUUGCAUUGGGCUAUAAGACAAGGCCAUUUGAAUACAGUGGUCGCGUUGAUGAAAGCUGGUGCCGAUCCAUCUGUUCGCGAUUAUGCUGGCUUUUCAUGUAUCCAUCGCGCAGCCCAAUUCGGUUACACGCACAUCGUAGCCUAUCUGGUGGCCAAAGGUACGGAUCCAAAUAUGCCCGACAGCUGCGCUAUGACCCCACUCAUGUGGAGCGCUUACAAAGUCAACAGUUUGAAUCCAACCCAAUUGCUCCUUACGCUUGGAGCGUCGCACAGUCCGAAGGAUAGUCUGCACGGCAAUACAGCAUUGCACUGGGCAAUAAUAGCUAAGAAUAGCAUUCCCAUCACGACAUUAGUACAGCAUGGAGCUUCACUGACUGCAACAAAUUCUAAUAAUGAAACGCCUAUGACACUCUUAGGGCCACAUAUCGGAGAAGCUUGGCUUGGCCACGAAUUCAUUCAAGAAUUUCGCCAACGACAGAGAAGAUCCAAAGUUUGCUGUAGAAAUAAGAAAAUUCGCUGGUACUGCAUGACAAUCACGCCGUUUUUAGCGUUUUACGCACUGGGCAUGAUAUUCCACAGCGAGCUCAAUUAUCUUUUAAAAUUCGCCGCCGCCGUAGCUCUCGGUCUUAGUAUUUAUACUGCCAACAAAUACAUCUACGACGAGAGGCUAUUCAAUGUUCUACCAAUGUCAAUUUACUUGGCAACUAAGGUAAGUGCAUCGAAAAAGGAAAAUCUCGAGAAGAAGAGUGCUUGCAUCGCCAAGCGUUUGCAGAUUUGGCUGUACGUCACUUGGAUCUUUUGGCUGAGAAUACACGCCACUUGGUAUCUCUGGACGCUACUGAUUGGAGGUUCAAUUCCAUUGUGGUUCUGCUACUUCAAAUCCUGGCGUGGCGAUCCUGGUGUCGUAAAAGCCACGCCUGAUGAAAAACUCAAUUACAUUGUAGAAUUAGCUGAAAAUGGAGGCUUUGAAAGUCACCUCUUCUGUCGUACCUGUCUAGUACGUAAGCCGUUGCGGUCAAAACACUGCACUGUAUGCGACGUUUGCAUAGCUAAAUUCGACCAUCAUUGUCCAUUUAUCAACAAUUGCAUCGUCGAUCGUUUUUCUCUUGAAGGAGCUCAAAACCACAAGUAUUUUCUUGGAUUCCUAAUGUCAUUGUUCGGCCUUUGCAUUUUGACAUUGGUUGCGAUCAUUCGAUAUUGGCGAUACGAAUGUUGGACCAACAUAAAAGACGCGAAGUCGACCGAUGAUUACUUGUUUGCGGCGAUGCGCUGCGACGCGUGGAUCAUGUGGGUCACUCUUAAUAUUUCAUUUCACUUAGGAUGGGUCGGACUGCUACUUGCUUGUCAAUGCUACCAGAUAACGGCAUUGGGUAUGACGACAAACGAGCGUAUAAAUGCCAAUCGCUACAGGCACUUUAGAAAAGGCAAUCCCUUCCAUCGCGGCGCCAUACAGAAUAUUGCAGAUUUCUGCGAGUGCGAUUUCUGUGGGGUCAGUGUCAAACCCCGUAUCGACUGGCUACACGCUUACGAGCUGAAGCAAACGAACGAUGAGAAAUUCUUGGAUUGGGUGGUGGCCGGUUAGAAUUCGCGGGGUCGUUCGUCUCUUGAGUAAGCCUUUGCCAUUUUUCAAGUUCUUCUACAAUCCCCGAGAAUAACUAAAAUCAUCCAUGCGACUCUAACUUAUGCUCAGUUACUUCGUUUUCCGUUUGCGUAAGAUGCGAAUGACCCCGACUCAAUUAUUACACAAGACACUUGAAAAGUGUGAAUGAACAAGUUAUUAGCUAUGGUGCGCGCUUGCGACUUGUUAUAAAGGAAACCAUGCAUUGUUAUAAUUACAAUUUCAAGUUCUUGAUGUUGUAUUACUAGCAUAUAUAUAUAUAUAUAUUUUAAAUUUUUUAAUCUUUAAAGAAAAUGACCUUACAACAAGCUACUAUAUAAAACAGUUAUCAAGGGUGUUUUAUAUAUACAUAUAUAUGGUAUCCUGCAUACAUACGCGCGCGCGCGCAUAUUUAUUUGGCUAUUUUAAUAACAGAAAAAAGACAAAAACCAAACUUAUUAUGGUUGUAUACAAAAGUGUAGUGUUGAAUCAUAUCAUGUAUAAUAUAUGAACAAAUAUGCGAUUUUUCAGAGAAAGUUGCAACAUCUAUAAAUUAUAAACCGGUAGUCUUGAAUGAAAAAUGUGAUUUUUCAGUAUUCUAAAGAAACUCAACUUCUUUAUAAA